UUUGUCCUCAGUCAAAAGGCCAGAAGGACCAGUGUAAGAAUCCAACUGUUUUCCAGGAUAUUCUUGGUUUCCUCUCAGUUAUUAGAAGACAUUUGACUGGAAGAAACAAGGAAAAGGAGGAAGAGAAAGUGGAGAGUACAAGGAGAAAAGAAACAUCCACCUCACAUAUUUUGACAAGUACGCAGGGUGAACUUUUACAAAAUAAAUUGAAAUACAUUGUUUGCCAGCUUCAUUUUUCCAGCUAGACACCAAAGGCCAUGGUCAACCAGAGCUCCCCAGUGGGCUUCUUCCUGCUGGGCUUCUCUGAGCACCCACACCUGGAAAAGAUCCUCUUCGUGGUUGUCCUGUGUUCCUACAUCCUCACCCUCUUAGGAAACACACUCAUCCUCCUGCUGUCCACACUGGACCCCAGGCUCCACUCUCCAAUGUACUUCUUCCUCUCUAACCUCUCCUUCUUGGACCUCUGCUUCACCACAACCUGUGUCCCCCAGAUGCUGCUCAACCUCUGGGGACCCACAAAGACCAUCAGCUUCCUGGGAUGCUCUGUACAGCUCUUCAUCUUCAUGUCCUUGGGAACCACAGAGUGCAUCCUCCUGACAGUGAUGGCCUUUGAUCGCUAUGUGGCCGUCUGCCAGCCCCUGCACUAUGCCACCAUCAUCCACCCUCGCCUGUGUCGGCAGCUGGCCGCUGUGGCCUGGGUUAUAGGUUUGGUCCAAUCCAUAGUCCAGACCCCUCCUACCCUCCGCCUGCCCUUCUGUCCCCAUAGGCAGAUAGACAACUUUUUGUGUGAAGUCCCAUCUCUUAUUCGACUCUCCUGUGGGGACACCACCUACAAUGAGAUCCAAAUGGCUGUUGCUAGUAUCUUCAUCGUGGUUGUGCCUCUGAGCCUCAUCCUCGUCUCUUACGGCGCCAUCGCCAGGGCAGUGCUGAGGAUAAGCUCUGCAAAGGGGCGCAGGAAAGCUUUGGGGACCUGCUCGUCCCACCUCAUUGUGGUCACCCUCUUCUACAGCUCAGUCAUUGCUGUCUAUCUGCAGCCCAAAAAUCCCUAUGCCCAGGAGAGGGGCAAGUUCUUUGGUCUCUUCUAUGCAGUGGGCACUCCCACGCUCAACCCUCUUGUAUACACCCUGAGAAACAAGGAAGUAAAGAGGGCAUUCUGGAGGCUGCUGGGGAAGGAUGGAGACUCUGUGGAGACUUAAGGGAGAAAUAUUUAGUGUAUUUCCAAAUUAAAAUGAAUUUAAGCUUUUGUGGAAAAAAAUGAACUUCCAAGUCCACUCACUAUUUCAUACCUACCCACACCACAACAGUAGACCUCGUUAGUGAUAGAUUAUAGUGAGAGAAGGAUAGGGAGAAAAAGAGAAACAGAAGCAAAAGAGUAGAAAGAGGGAAAGUGCUAGAAGUUUCUUCCAAAUGAAGCAUUGUUACCUGAACAGAUCAAGGAGGCUCAUCAGGCUCAAAAGAAGCUCAUGAAACUGACAGGACUCAGAUGAUCACUCCUUAGGAUGGCAUAACAGUAAACAAUUGGGAGAGAGAAACCUCUCCAGAGAUAUAACUG